GGUUCACAAACCGUCCUGUGCAAACAGGAGUGCACCAACAAGGAGCAAGCAUGUCUCCGAACAGGUUGAUGGUCUAUUUUACGACAGCAGGCGUAUUUUGCUUCAUGGUAGUAGCCAAUAUCAUACUGGGCAUUAUGCUUUAUGUAUCACCACGUCUCGCCAAGAAGCUGAUCCUCAAAAUGGGUGAAAGAGUCACUAUGACCCAGAAUCCUAAAUUUAAGUUUGAAGAUUGGGGUCCGACGUUUGGCUCCUUCAAGUUCUUCAAAACCGCCUCUCAUCACUUGUGGCUGUCCCUCGGACAAAAGGCGUUUGUGGGGGAAGAAGCUCCGGACGCAGCUGUGGUCAGUAUGGAGGGAACGAAAUCAAGAAUCAGCCAGUUCAUGAAAGACAACAGAGUGCUGGUGUUGAAUUUCGGUAGUUGCACCUGACCCCCGUUUAUGUACAAACUUGAGGAGUUCAAGCAACUCGUCAAGGACUUCAGCGAUGUAGCUGACUUUCUUGUGAUCUACAUCGAGGAGGCGCAUUCAACAGACGGUUGGUCUUUUGAAAACAACGUCGACAUCAACCAGCACAAGAGCCUGGAGGACAGGCUGUCCGCGGCACAGAUCCUGCUUCAAAAGGAGCCCCUUUGUCCGGUGGUUGUGGAUGAAAUGGACAAUUCUGCUGCCAUAAAGUACGGUGCUCUGCCUGAGAGGCUCUUCGCGCUGCAGGCUGGGAAAGUUGUCUACAAGGGGGGCAGAGGGCCUUGGGACUACAAUCCAAUGGAGUUGCGUGCAUUCCUGCAGAAAAUAAAAUAAGUCCAUCCGACCACAAUUAUAUGUAAGGGUCUCUGAUUUCUGAUUUGAAUAGGGGUAUCACAUUAUAACCAACAUGUGUGACUGAUAAACAAUACCAUACUCUUUUUUAAUCAAGACUUAUUUCACUGGUACAUCAACAUUUGGCUCUAUAACUGCUCUCUAGCAUCUCUGACAUUACAUUUUAAAUGAGUAGAGAUAUUGUAACCCCUCCAAAAUUGUACUAUAUUCUUCCAGGCUCUCCUGUACUCUGGAAACAUACCUCUGCUGCCAAUCUCUGAGUUAGAAUUUGCCUCUCAGUGUCUCUUAGUGACGGUUGCAGAUUAAACCAUUGGCCUCUGCAGCCCGAUGGAGUGAAACACACAGAGAGACAGUCCAGUCAGAUGUUUGUGCUUGAGGUAUUGCACAAUGUUCGGGAGAUGUUCCCAUAAGUUGUAUUUUUCUAAAGUUUACAAGCCCUUACAAUUGAAGUCAAUGAAAGCACUUGUUUUUCCACUUUUCUUACAGAUCAUAUAUUCUGUUCGUAGAUUUAUUUUUGUACAUAACCUUUCAAAGCAUUACUGCAAAGUGCUUCACAACAGUAAAAUACAAUAACAAAAAAGCAUUAUAAAAAUAACAAAAAAUAAAAUACAUUUGGAAUAAAUGAAGUAAAAGUGCAGUCAACAAGUGUAUAUUGAAAAAAGAAUAAUGAUAUAAUCAUUAUUUUCUUUUGUAUGAUGAAUGCUCCUAUGUGCUUUGACAGGAGUGUGCUUUGUAUGUGACGGUUACAGUGCAAACCUCUGGUGACUGUAAUCUGAUGAGUGAUCUCUCCAAAGUAGGCCUUCUCUGAAUUAUGUAGGAGCAUUCUUGAUUACACUUUAAACACAAAAUACACAUCUUGAUAAACAGUCUGCAUGUUGUUUUGGAUCUUUUUAUAUUGAAUACAAUUUUAAAUGUUUUCACUAUGGCAUAAUAAAAAAUAAAAUGUAAA